AUGAGUCUCUCUCGCCCGGCCAGAUGUCUAUUCUGCAGCUUUUCUCGCGGAGCCUCCGCAGUAGGCCCUCGUGUGCUUCGUCGCCAAUUCCACCCCACGCCGACAUACCUGAACGACCGCAAGCCAGGCCUCCCCAAUGCUAAGCCGGAAGACAUAAAAACCCCCGAAGAAAUUCAACGGGAUCAGAAGUCAAACACACCGCAACAGCAAGCACCCAAGCAGACGGCUGCCAGUGAAGCCGGCGCGGUGACAAUUGACCCCAAUGUCCAGCCGGAGGAGGAAAAGAAAACACUCGAGCAGAUUGUACGGACCCUGAAACCAGAGAAUUUCCAGCCUUACACAGCAGAGCAAAAGGCACAUCUGGCAAAGGUGUACACACCUGAGCAGAUCGCUGCCAUUGAGGCUGGCGAGGCAUCCAUCGACCCCAGCGACAUGGCAGAUCAAUUUGGCGUGCGUCGGGAUCCCAUGAAAUUGCUCUACGUGGACGACUUCUCGGUUAUUGAGCCCGGUGUCGACAAGCACGUGCGGGCACCCGAAUCCAACUCGGAGUACAACCCGCAAUUGAAGACGGAGGAGGACUUCGCGGCUGACUUUGGUCGUUUCUUCACUGAGAUGCCGGAGAACGGAUCUGUGAGCGACUGGGUACGAUUCGUGGAAACGCUGCGGGUGACCAAGGGCAAGGAAGAGGCUGAGUUGAAUCCGCACAGCGCGAUGGUUCCGGAUCUGUUCGGCCCGGGCGAGAAUUUGAGUGGACAGAAGCAGCAGCAGGAGAUGAAGGAGACGGAGGAGAAGGGCAAGGAGUCUGAGGAGAUGACGGAUGCUCUUAAGAGGCUCUUGCAGGAUACUGGGUUUGAUGCGAUGGAGAUCAGGUCGUUGAGGACCAAGACCCUUGUCGCCCACUCGGUUGUCAACCAGACUCGUCUGGGUAAGGUCCGGAGACAGUACUGCUUGUCCAUUGCUGGUAACGGAGAUGGUCUGUUGGGUAUCGGAGAAGCCAAGUCUGAGGAAGCCCCCGAUGCUGCAUUGCAGUCCAAGUACCGUGCGAUCAGAAACAUGCAGCCCAUCUUGCGGUACGAGAACCGUACUAUCUUUGGUGAUGUCGCGGGUAAGGUGGGAGCUGUCGAGCUCAAGUUGAUGAACCGUGCACCUGGCUUUGGUCUCCGCUGCCAACACCUAAUCUUCGAAAUGUGCCGCGCCGCCGGCAUCCACGACCUCGCCGCCCGCGUUGAACGCUCCCGAAACCCCAUGAACACAGUCAAAGCCGCCUACGAAGCCCUCAUGAGCCAGCGCAAUCCCGAAGACAUUGCCCGCGCACGAGGCAAGAAGCUCGUCGAUGUGCGUAAGGUGUAUUACUCGGGGAGGAUUACGAAUUGA